GUCUCCAGUUCAGGCUGUGAUCAUGACACCCGUGAUGCAUCUGCUGUUGCUCCCGAUCCUCCUCGGCAUUGCUGCGGGGAAGGAUCUGGAGGACAAGAAGGGCCCGUUUGAGAACACAGUGCUGGAGGUUCUGGAGGGAACGCCGGUGCAGUUUCCAAUUUAUCAGUUUCAGGUGGACCAAGCAGGCGUUGACGGUUUCCGGCUGAGCGGUGAAGGUCAACGAGAUGUCAGCAUCUCCAAGGACGGCUGGCUUUUCCUGGAGAGACCUCUGGACUGGUCUCGAGAAGACCACUACGCUCUCUCGGUGGAGGCGUUGGAGGAGGACGAGGUGGUCGAAGGCCCAAUUUAUGUGAACAUCAACGUGGUGGACGUCAACAACAACGCUCCGUACUUCAACCAGAGCACCUACACAGCGUUUAUCCGGGAGAAGAGAAAAGCAGGUAUCCCGUUCACCAGUGUGUUUGCGACGGAUCGGGACGACCCGACGACCCCGAACGCCCAGCUGACCUACAGCCUGGUCAGCCAGAUCCCCAACAGGAACAACAUCGCCUUCUUCCAGAUCGACCCCGACACCGGAGAGAUCUCCACCACCAGCGCAGGGCAGAUGAUGCUGAAGGCCAGAGAGGGCGUCCUGCACAGCCGAGCAGGAGACAACAUGGGCUUCGACGCCCUGAGAGCCAAGUUCAACGACUACUGUUCAGAGCCCAAGGUCCCCUACGAUCAGAACCCCUUCUUCACCUGCGUGGAGAAAGCAGGUGGGCGGAACGUGAACCCCCUGGAGGACCCCGACUACACCCUGAUUGUGCGAGUUCAGGACAUGGGCGGAACUUCAGAGACGGCGCUGACCGGAAACGCCAGAGUUCACAUCGUGGUGCUGGAGAACCUGUGGGAGAACCCCGGACCGAUCAACAUAGUCGAGAACUGGAAGACGACGUAUCCUCAGGUCAUCGCAAAGGUCCAGUCCAACGAGCCCGAUGCCGUCUACUCGCUGGUGCAGAAAGAGCGAGAGCUGAGAUUCCCCUUCGAGAUCACAGAAGAUGGAGAAAUCCUGCUGACGGAGGAGCUGGACAGAGAAGAGAAGGACUCGUACAUCCUGGUGGUGUUUGCUAAAGAUAACCACGACAAAGAGGUGGAGCCGCCGAUGGAGAUCUUCGUCCAGGUGGACGAUGAGAACGACAACGCACCAGAGUGUGUCAAGGAGGAGAGUGUGUUUGAGGUGCAGGAGGACGAGCCUGUAGGCGCCCUGGUUGGACAGCUGGAGGUCCAUGACAACGAUAAAGAAGGAACACUGAACUCUCAGCUGAGCUACGAGAUCGUGUCCCAGAGUCCACCCGACGAGAACACCUUCCUCAUCGACGGCCAUGACGGAAGAAUCCAGGCGCUGCGUGUGCUGCAGCGGAAACAUCAGCAGAUCUACAGCCUCAAUGUCCGGGUCACUGACUCAGCUUUCAGCACAGUCUGUAAGGUCAUCGUCAAGGUCAUUGACGUGAACAACGAGAAGCCUCUGUUUGAGGAGACCGAUUACGGCAGCCUCACUCUGGCCGAGGACACUCCUGUAGGAGACACUGUGUUGGUCAUCAAGGCGACGGAUGCCGACGAUCCCGACAGCGGCAGCUCAGCCAUCAAUUUCCACAUCUCCGCCGGCGAUGACGACAACGUGUUCGCUGUAGAAACUGACGGCAAAGGUGUCGGUCACGUGGUCAUAGCUAAGCCUCUGGACUUUGAGUCUUCGGCCACCUACAGGCUCCAGAUCGAUGCUCGUAACCCAGAGCCCCUGAUGAAAGGCCUGGAGUACGACUCCCAAUCCACCACCUUCGUCUCCAUUUCUGUCACCGACGUCGACGAGGUCCCAGAGUUCAGCCUGGACAUCCUCCAUGUGACUGUACCCGAGAACACCACCAAGGGAUCAGUUCUGCUCACCGUGGAGGCAAAGGACCCGGAGGGCCAAGAGAUCGGUUUUAAGUUGGAAGGUGACUCUAAAGGCUGGCUGGAGAUCGAUGCUGCCACGGGAGAAAUAAAGACCAAACAGAAGAUGGACAGAGAGACUCUGGAGAGUUUUGAUGUCACCGUCACUGCCUUUGAGAAAGCAAACCCGGAGAUGUCUGCUGAGCGCGUGGUGCAUGUGAGCCUGCUGGAUGUGAAUGACAACGUCCCCAAACUGGUGGAGAGUCAGGCCUUCAUCUGCCUCGGGAAGACCAAAUCUGUCGUGAUCAAGGCCACUGAUCCAGACGACGACCCCUACUCCCAGCCGUUCAGCUUCGCCUUGAUCAGGAAAUCCCCCAACUGGGGCCUGCGCGCAAUCGACGAUACAACGGCUGAACUGAUCCUGAAGAAACACCCGAUUGAAGACAAAACCUUCACAGUUCAAAUCAACAUUAAAGACAGCACAGGCAUGGGAGUCAACCAGCCGUUUGAGGUGAGAGUGUGUAACUGCACAGAACUGGGCUACUGCUACAUGACACCGGGUAAACAUGGAUUCAAGUACGGAACGGGAGCCACCGUCGGUAUCCUGGUCGGCAUUCUGGCCUUCUGUGCUAUCAUCUUCAUCAUCGUGAUCAAACGCGUAAAGAAAGGAGGCAAGCAGAAAGGAGACGAGGAGGAGAAGGACACCAUGAUGUAGAGACGUGCACGUGUGCAUCACGUCACUUUUAUUUAUACGUCCCCAUACCAGUAAAUCACAAAUAUGCCUGAAGGGGCUUUACAGUUUGUACAGCAUAGAACACUCUCUGUCCUCAGACACGAUGCAGACGAGGGUGACAGGACCCCGACCGUAACGUUAACCCAAACACCACGUGGUUUUAUGUGCAUUUGAAAUGUCUGAGCAGAGACUACGAACAAAAUUAGACUCCAAAGCCAACUCAGGGUUAUUCACUGUCUUCUCUGUCUGUCAAAUGCACGUAGAAAAUUACAUGAAUAUGCAAAUAAACCCUCAGAAUUCCCUUUUAAGAAGUGAGGACUUUGCCACAACUGCAACAAUAUCCCCCAAAAAACAAGAAUUUUUAAGCUCUUUUCAAUGUCUCAGCAGACGCUGCGGAUGCAAAUUAGUUAGAACAAACAAAAAGUGAAGCAAGAAGUAUUUAUUCACUCUUAUCUGUAAAAUUAACCAUAAAACCGCCCCUCUUUUAUGGCGCCUUUUCAAUAUCUCAGCAGGGACUAUGGAUGCAAAUUUGACUUUACAGCCAACUCAGGUUUAUUUACAAUCUAUUUUCUGUCAAAUAAACCUAAAAAAUUAUGCUAAAAGUGAACAAAGGCCCAAAAAUUCCACGUAGGAAAUAAAAACUACAGACUCCAACUGCAACAAAACAAGUACUAAUCAUUGUUUUGCGCCAUCUGUCUUUUUUUUCUGCUAAAUAACUUGUAAGAAGAGAGAGCUGUUCUCAUUCACUCCUAACUGUUAAAGGAACCCUAAAACUCCAUCUUUAAACAUUUGUUCGUUGCCAUUUCAAUGUCUGAGAAGCGACUAUGGAUGCAAAUGUGACUAUUUUCUGUCAAAUACACCAUAGUAAGGUGAAUAAACCCUCUUUAACCCCUUUUAAAAGCCCACAAUCUCCCAGGUUAGAAGUUAAAUUUCCUCCUCAAUACAGACACACAUUUACUUUAGCUUAUUUUAUUAUAUUUACAAGAUGAUUAUUAGGUGCUGUGCAUGCUUAAUUAAACUGGUAGAUGGUUCCUAAUGCCGACAGCUGCUAAUCAUGCAUUUAUGCAACUCGUUGACUUGAUAUAUUCAAAUCUCACUCCCAGACUCUGGUGGCUUCAUUAGCAGCUUCUCCCAUGAUUCAAUUAGGUUUUUUUUGUUGUUGUUGACGUCGUCGUUGUUGUUGUGUUAUUCCCAAAUGUGCGGCCAACUGUUGAAUGUUGUGCAACAGUUGGAAAUGUCUUGCAAUGCCUGUUUUAUGAGCAAUAAUUAGUUGUUUUGUAAAGGGCGUUUUCAGCUCUGUUUCCCAAUAAACAAAAGAAACUUGGAA